AUGACAUGCAACAAGAACGUCGUUUUCGACGUCGUUGGAACCCUCGUAUCCUACGAUACCCUAGUCAGCACCAUGGACAUUCGCCUGGGCGACCGUCUCCGCGCCGAGGGCGUCAAGCCCUCCCUGCUGGCAAACACAUGGAUUGAAGUCGCAGAACGCGAAUACACUUACCUGAGCAUGUCGGGCAAGUAUGUUCCCUUUGUUGAAUGCAUGGCUAGGCUGUUCUUUCGCGUGCUGUGGCUAGCCGAUGUCCCGAACCCAAGGCAAUUUGCUACAGACGAGGACGUCAAGGCCAUGAUGGACGCAUACAGCGACCUUACUAUGCGGCCUGGUGCAGUGGAGUGUAUUCACAGGUUACGCCAGGCUGGCUUCACGGUCUGGGCGUUGACCGCUGCGGAUCUUGAUGGUGUUGCUGGUCUCUUUACAAAGGCUGGUGUGGAGAUGCCGAAGGAAAACCUGCUCUCGUGUGACCUGUACGGUGUUGGGAAGCCGGAUCCAUUGGCUUAUGAGCCCCUGCUGAAGCAGCUGGCUCAGUAUGGUACGAAGCCAUGGUUCGCGGCGGCUCAUUGUUGGGAUGUUUCAGCCGCGCAGAGAAGAGGCUUCCGUGGUGCUUACUCUCUGGUCUUGGAGAAGGAUAAGCUGCCUGAGUUAUUUGGCGAGAUCGAGGUCACGGCGGAUACAUUGCUAGAGAUGGUAGAUGGCAUUAUUGCCGCAUCAGAAUAA